AUGAAUGGAACACCAAAGAGGGAUGGGAAAGUGCAGGCAAAUGCUGCAAAUGGCAAAGGAUUGGUUGGAGGGAGAUUCCUUCUUGAUUACCCUAGUGUUGGGGCAACUGAAACUCUUAUGAUGGCAGCAUCCUUGGCUGAUGGCAUAACCGUGCUUUCAAAUGUGGCAAAAGAACCAGAGGUGGUUGAUCUUGCUCGCUUUCUGAUAGACAGUGGGGCAUCCAUUGAAGGGGCAGGGAGUGACAAUCUAGUUAUUCGGGGAAAGAGCCAGCUCCAUGGUUCUGAAUGUGUUAUAACCCCAGAUCGCAUUGAAGCAGGCACCUUUAUGCUUGCUGCAGCAAUUACUCACUCAUGCAUCUCAAUGUCACCUGUCAUUCCUUCCCACAUAUCGUGUUUGAUAGACAAACUCUCUGAAGCUGGCUGCAAAAUUUCACAGUUUAACCAGCACACACUGGAGGUUUCAGCAGUCCCUACAUAUAUUGGUGACAAUUUGAAAGGUUUUGAUAUUAGGACAAGUCCGUUUCCAGGGUUUCCAACAGAUCUCCAACCUCAAGCAAUGGCACUUCUCGCUACAUGCACUGGUUCAAGCUUAGUGGUGGAGUCUGUGUUUGACAAGCGUAUGAGCCAUGCUAUAGGCCUUGUCUCAUUUUGUCCUCUCAUUUGGAUAGUAAGGGAGCUGCAGAAGCUUGGAGCAAGAAUUCAGGUUUGCGGGAGAACUGCACUGGUUUUCGGGAAAGACAAAGGAAGUUCAUUGCAUGGCUCUCGAGUUUUUGCAAGCGACUUGAGAGGUGGGGUUUCACUUGUAUUAGCAGGAUUGGCUGCAGAAGGAACCACUGAGAUAAAUAACAUAGCACAUAUUGACCGGGGCUAUGAGAAUAUAGAUAGAAAGCUUCAACAUCUAGGAGUUGAUAUCCAAAGAUUGACUCCUGUGGCCUGUCCAUUAUAGCAAUUAAAAUUUUUGCUUCUUCCUAAAGUUCAAAUCAAAUUUGUACCCCUUGUAGAGAUUUGAGUCAUUUUCGCCUUCCAUCAGUGUAUAUUCAAGGUGGAGAAUUCUGCAAGGUGAAUUCACCAACGGGUAGGAUGACAAAUGUUGUAGUGGCACGAGGAUAUAACCAUUGUGUUGCUGUAUCUAUUCUUUCUGCAACAAAUUCAGCUCUAUUCUGACAAUUAUGUGCUAUUCAGUGAAAUUCAAUAGCUUGUUAUGUACCAUCAAUUUUUUUAAACUUUUUAAAGUUCUGUUGAG